AUGGAGAAUGAUGAUUUAAAUGAUGUUGAAGUUUUUGAUGUGAAAAGUCAAGAUGCAAUUGAAACUGUUUUUAAUGAUGAUGCUCCUUCAUUUGAUGUUAUGAGUUUUAUUUCUAGUAAACCUGAUUGGUUUACUGAAGAAAAAAAGAAUACUGAUAAAUUGAAUGAUGAAGAACAAGUUGUUGAUGAUCAUGGCCUUUUUAAGGAUGUUGUUAUAAAAUCUAAGGAGGAUGAAGAUGAUGGUGGAGAUGACCAGGGUUUGGGGGGUGGUGAUGCUGUUAAAGCUAUUGGUUCAGAUGGGACAAAUAAAGACAAUGUUGAGGGAAAGAAUACUGAAGAAGCAAAAGAUGUUGCAGAUGGGAGUAAUAAAGAUAAUGUUGAGGGCAGAGCAGUUGAUGUAGAUGCAAGUGUAAAUGAUGUUGAAGGUGUUGCUAGUAAGGGAAAGUUGUUUGAUAGUCAAGGAACUGAGGAUAGUAUCACUGUGUCUGCUUUGGAGAUUAUAAAUGAAAAGAUUGAUGCUUACGAGGGAAGCAUUAAAAAGGAUAAGUCUUUAAAUAAAUUAGAGGCAACAAAUGCUGAUGUUUUAUCUACCUAUGGGUUGGACAAGACUGAUGUUGUUGGUGUUGAGAAGAAACAUGGUUCUCAAGAAAGCUUUUCUGUAUCUACCAUGGAGGUUGUUAAUGAUCAUUUGGUUUCCUAUGAAGACAGUUUGAAAAAGGGAAAGUCUAUAAAAUUGGAGGAAGCAACUCCUACAGUUGGAAAUAGAGAGAGGAAACCUAGUUCUGUAUACAACAGUCCGUAUACCACAGAAUUUGGUUCAGGUAGUAUUGGUAAACCAAAAGGUGGACGUCCUGGAUCAUGUGCUUUUGGAUUUGGCUUUUUCAAUGUGAUUGAUGAUGUGCAAGCUAAAUCUUUUGAUCAGUGGUUUAAGAUUGGGUUUAAUGAUAAAAACAAAGUGAAGAAGUUUAAAGAAUGUCAUAAGGUUCCAUUGGAUUUUGUGGUUUGUCAAAUCUACGAUAAGAUGUGGUUCUAUGAUUUGCUUACUGUUGGGAAGAACUUAUCAUGCUCGCAUAUUGAUGUUUGUUUCUACUAUUUGAGAAAGAAGUUAAAGUAUGACCAGUCUGUGAAAAUUUCUGAUAACACUACUGAUUGCUUCUUUGCUUCUCAAAUUUUCGAUUUAUAUAGUGAGUUUGUUGCAAGUGGUGAAAAUGUUGAUUCGAUUAAGAAGGAUUCUAAGGCAGCUGCAUACAUAGCGGGUUUUUAUAUGUUAUGCAAUAAACCCUGGGCUGAGCUUGAUUUCGUUCUAAUGCCUGUUAACGUGAUUGUUCUUGCUCAUUGGAUAUUGUGUAUUCUUGACAUUAAGAUGAGAUGCUUAAAAGUGUUAAAUUCUAUGAGGUUUGGGAGGUACAAGAACAACUCAGAGAGUUUUGUUCGUGCAUUUGCUGUAAUAAUUCCUAUCUUGCUGUCACAUGUUAAUUUCUAUGAGGGGAGAAAAGAUAUUGACAGGAGUAGUAAGCACUGGCAAGGUAAAAAAGAUACUGAUGCGUUUGAUAUUGUCGUGGUUGAUAAUUUGCCACAACAAGAGGAUAGUGAUUGUGGUGUUUUUAUCAUAAAGUAUGCUCAUUUCUUUAUGCAUGGAUUGAUUGAUAAGAUUCCUAAGAAGUUGGACAUUGCAUUCACUCGUAAGAAGUUGUGUGUUGAUCUGUUUGUUCAUGCAAAGAAGAAGGAGUUGGGUGGGUACGAGUCUACUUCGGAGAAUCCAGGAAGGAUGCCAUAG